AUGGCUUUAAGCUUUUGCUCCAACUCGGGGUCCUUUGAGCAUCAUCUCAGUCCAGAAAUCAUGAGCAGCUUCCAACAAAUGCAUGAUCCGGAGAUGGCAGCAGAAGUCCUCAUGACUUUUGACGGCAAUUCAACUCUUGCAGACUUCGAACCAUUACUUGAUCCCAACGAGUUCUGCUACGCAGACAACUACAACAUUAAUCUCCUCCCAUACUGCUCUACCCCAUCAGAUUAUUUAACCUACUUCUCACCAGAAAGCUUUCCCCAAGAUGAACUCCAGUCCUACCAAUACCCGAAGCGCCAGAAGUUCAGCUGUGGAAAUUAUCAUAAUUACUCGGAUUUCGCUCCUGGUUUCUUCGACGGCUAUCUCCCAAAUCCUGGUCUGCUUCCUGAUACACUGCCGGAAUUUCUCGCUCCACCAUUGCCGGUGGCAUCUUAUUCCUGCAAUCAACAUACUCCUGAGAGUUAUAUGAAGAAUCCCACUAGUAGAGUAAGCUUGUCUGCUCAGAGCCUUGCUGCCCGUGAAAGGAGAAGAAAGAUAACGGAGAAGACCCAGGAGCUUGGGAAGCGAAUUCCAGGAGGGAAUAAGUUGAACACAGCUGAGAUGUUCCAUGCUGCUUUCAAGUAUGUCAAAUACUUGCAGGCUCAAGUUUCAGUUCUUCAAAUCAUGGCGUCAGUUCAGGCCGAUAAAGAUGAUCAACCAAUAAUGCAUGAUACGAAAGAACUCCAAGAUCAUCUUCUUGCAUCACCCCUUAUUCAAGAGAAGUUGUACUCAGAGGCCAAGUGCUUGGUUCCCAAACAAUUUCUUCAAACCUUAGCUAAUGAUCGUGAAAUCCAAUCAAAGCCAUUGAUGCUCAAGGACAUUCAUCAGUUGCUGCGAAGCAAUGCCGCCUGA